CGACCAAGCCGGAUUGUUCGAGAAGCCGCCGACAAAGCCUUAGCAGUGGCGGCGCGUGGGCGAACGCGUUGGAGCCGAGCCAUAUUGAAGAGCCGAUUUUGGCUUAGCUUCCUACACAAGAAGCUUCACAAACGGCAGCGUGUUACGGCAGCCGGGGUUAACCGGUCACCGCCACAGAGGAAGCCGAGGAUAGAGAUAUUUAAGCUAAAGGGAAAAGGUAACCGGUUACCGGAUGUUCAAAGGAAGGUGAAGACUCUUGGUAGGUUGGUUCCCGGUUGCCAGAAAGAGCCACUUCCGGUGAUUCUAGAAGAAGCGACGGAUUAUAUACCGGCGCUUGAGAUGCAGAUUCGUGCGAUGAGAGAGAUUCUGUCUCGGCUUAGCACCGGUAAUAGGGAUGGUGAAGGGUCAAGUUCCGAACCCGCAGUCGCGCCGGAAACGGGUUCGGUUUAGUUUCGUUAUUGUUAUUGUUAUUAUUAUGUAUAAAA